AUGUUGUCCUUGGCCACUGAGGUGAAGUCGCAUUAUCAUAUUGCCGUGUCUACCCGAUUUGUAGAGCGCCUUGCUGCCGCAGGUGAGACCGUCACUGCGGAGUACGUUUACCAACGAGCCCUUAACGAAAAUUUUAAGGACAUCACAGAUGUGGGGACGCUUCCGCACGGAAUAGCCUCUCAGGUGAACGGCACACUUACAAGCCCCGUGGUACUUCAGAUCAACAGCUCAAGGGAUGCUACGCAGCCGCUUCGGCCGUGCGCUGACUCAAGUGAGGAAGAAAUGACAUUUGCUGCGGCCCUACAAAAAACAACGAACACACGUCUUUUGCGUCUUGUUCUUAGUGAUGGGCACGCGGAGGUCACAGCCAUUGAGCUCGCCACCCUUCCUGUGUUUUGUGGCAUACCUGUUCCAGGGGAGAAGCUUCUCGUUAAGGAGGGGGCCCAGAUUAAAAAUGGGGCCAUCAUCAUGACGGAGGACUGUGUUGUGCCACUCGGCGGUGAGGUACAACAGCUCAAGAGGGAGUUUCUUGCAAUGAGGAGCAGAUCUGAUGUUCCUUAUCAGACCAGUGGGGGUCUAGAGGCGGCUCCGCAUUUCCAGCCACUUCGUGUGGGUUGUGCCGCAGCGGGCGGUGUGCCCAAUAGACAAGCGGCGACUGCAGGCCGAGGCCGGGGCAAUGACAAUACUCGAGGGAGAAGCGGCGGUCGUGGGUAUCGUGGCGGGCGGGGAUCAGGUCCCACACCGCAUCACCUUUCAUCGAGGGGUGGGUACCAUUAG